CUGAACUAAAGUGAGACAGUCAGACUCCACAGUUAACACACGUGUGCCCUUUUCCUUCUCCCCACUCGGAGGCGAACUUCAAACCCUCAAUUACUGCUAGGGUUUCAGCAUGCAGUGCUGAUCGCGCCUUCACCUCUCGAGCGAACCCACCCAUCAGCACUCCGGAUGCGUCUCUGCACACUCCGGCGAUCGCUCCGGUAGAAGUUCCGGCAACGAAAGCACCAUCAACGCCGAUUUUUAAGCAAACCCAAAGCCGGCGGAAUCCAUUUGAAGUGUUUCGGACACAACUCCUUGUGGGUCUGGCAUUUUAGCUCGGAAAAUGGCUGCGUUCCUCUCUUUUCCAAAUGAACCAGAGCACUUCAGCCACUACCUCAAGGUUGGGUGUAUCAGUUGUCCAGGGACAGAGUAGGAACAGGUGUUCUGCUGUUUCUGGGCUUGUUCUGCACAAAGGGCACAUCGGGUCAGGCAUGGAGGAACAGUUCAUUCUCAGGGUUCCACCUUCUGUUGCUGAGCGAAUAGAACUACUAUUGAAUGAAGAUGCAUCUACUUCUGAUGACAAGGUGUUAGAUUUAUCUUUCUCUGAGGAUGGGAGGACUGGAACUUUUGUCGUUGGAAAUGACCAUUUCACUGCCUCUCUGAUGGAUCUACCAACUGUUGUGGAGUCUUACAAGACCUAUGAUGAUACUAAUCUGAUUAAAACUGCAGACAUUGGUCAGAUGAUAAUGGUCAGAGAACCAGGAGAUCCUUCCCCAGAUGUGGUGGAGUACAGACAUGGUCUGACUCCUCCUAUGAGGGAUGCACGCAAGAGAAGAUUCCGUAGAGAACCUGACCUAAAUCCUGAGCUUGUGCAGCGUGUUGAAAAGGAUCUGUUGAACAUCAUGGCUGGUGGGACAGCAGAAAAUGCUGAUGUGGACAUGGCUGAGCAAGAGGAAGACGGAGAUGAAAAUUCCCGCAAACCAGGCAGGAAGACUGCUCCUAAGCCCACUGCAAAACCCAAAGUGCCAGAGGCUGAGACUAAUGCGGCAGAACCUGAAAGAAGUGAUUCUGAUGAAUCUGACGAAUCGGGCUAAUUUAAAUAUUUCUGUUUUCUCUUGCUAGAUAGUGAGGUCUCAACUAGUUCUGAGAGAGGUGGGACUGUUCGCAGCGACAUAUAUAGUUACCGCAGAAUGGUGGCUGUCCCCUUGUUCAUUGCUAUUACAUCAAACUAGUUAUACAAAUGUUGGGGGAUGGGCAUCUCGUGGUAAUUAUGGCAUGUUAGGCUCCAAGUCUGUUCGCCUAUGGUGUUACGUAGAAAUGUAAUUAUCUUGAAUAUAUUGACUAUUUCUUUAUAUUUCGAUUGCCUGUAAUGGAUAAAAGAAACAUCUUGUUCUUUCUUUACUAA